GAGUCUCCGUCUGCCGUGGAAGCCACAAUGUCUGACUGCAGAAGGCAGUGGAACCGGGAGGAUGAGCUGCCCGUCUACCUGGCUGGGCCCAUCACAACCGGGCCGAACCAGAGGAAAACUUACGGCAUGUUCAGCUCCGUGGAGGGGGCGUAUGAAAGCAAGACUAUAGAUUUCGAUAACUACGCGGUGGGCAGGAAAGGGAGCCGCACCCCGAGGAGCGGGAGCCGGGAGAGGGUCUUGGAUGCCGGUGACCCCUUUGGGAAGACGUCCAGCGAGGCCCGCGAGGGGUCACUGACCACCACGCCCGGAGAGACAGACGAUGUACACCCAGGUGUUGUGGUCAGAAAUGCAUCGGAAAAUGAAAGUCCAAAUGGGGAGAGUGAAAGGCUGUUGAUCAAAGGGGGGCGGGUGGUCAAUGAUGACCAGUCUCUCUAUGCAGAUGUCUACAUUGAGGAUGGACUCAUCAAGCAGGUGGGCGAGAAUCUGGUCGUACCGGGGGGAGUCAAGGUGAUCGAGGCCAAUGGCCGAAUGGUAAUACCAGGAGGUAUUGAUGUCAACACCUGCCUGAUGAAGUCUCACAUGGGGACACAGCCAGCUGAUGAUUUCCUCCAGGGCACCAAGGCUGCACUCGCCGGGGGCACCACCAUGAUCAUUGACCAUGUGACCCCCGAGCCUGGGCAGAGUCUGCUGGAAGCAUUUGAGUGCUGGCAGGAGUCUGCAGACAAGAAGGCAUGCUGCGAUUACUCGCUGCACGUAGACAUCCCCCAGUGGAACGAGUAUGUUAAAGAUGAGCUGGAGCUGCUGGUGCAAGAGAAAGGUAUCAACUCCUUCCAAGUGUACAUGGCUUAUAAGGACAUGUAUCAGAUGUCAGACUCUCAGCUGUAUGAGGCUCUCUCUUUCCUAAAGCAGCUGGGGGCUGUUGCAUUAGUUCAUGCUGAAAAUGGAGACCUGAUUGUUCAGGAACAGGGAAAAAUCCUCGGAAUGGGAAUCACUGGACCUGAAGGCCAUCCUCUGAGUCGCCCUGAAGAGCUGGAGGCUGAGGCGGUGUUCCGUGCCAUUACUCUUGGUAAUCGUGUGAACUGUCCCAUCUACAUCACCAAGGUGAUGAGCAAAAGUGCCGCCGACACUAUCGCCCAGGCCCGUAGGAAAGGUUCUGUGGUUUUUGGGGAGCCAAUUACAGCUAGCCUGGUCACUGAUGGCUCUCACUACUGGAGCAAAAACUGGGCCAAAGCAGCUGCUUACGUGACCUCUCCACCAUUGAGUCCGGACCCCACCACCCCAGACCACCUUAACACACUGCUGGCUAGUGGGGACCUGCAGGUGGUGGGCAGUGCUCACUGCGCGUACAGCACGUCCCAGAAAGCAAUCGGUAGAGAUGACUUCACCCUGAUCCCAGAGGGAACCAACGGAGUGGAGGAGAGAAUGGGUUUCGUCUGGGACAAGGCCGUGGCCAUGGGGAAAAUGGAUGAAAACCACUUUGUGGCAGUCACGUCUACCAAUGCUGCUAAAAUCUUCAAUCUGUACCCACGCAAAGGCCGGAUAGCAGUGGGCUCUGACGCUGACAUUGUGAUCUGGGACCCUGACAGCGUGAAAACCAUCAGUGCUAAACUCCAGCAGUCGUCUUCAGAAUACAACAUCUUUGAGGGCCUAGAGUGCCGUGGGGCUCCAGCGCUGGUGUUGAGUCAAGGUCGGUUGGUUUAUGAGGAAGGCAACCUGCAGGCCCAGCAGGGCACCGGUCGAUUUAUUCCUCGCAAGCACUUCCCAGACUACGCUUACCAGCGCAUUAAAUUCAGGAACCAGGUGAAGAAAGAGCAGGGCGUUACUCGUGGGUUGUAUGACGGCCCUGUGUAUGAUGUCAUUCCUACCCCCAGAUAUAUUACUCCUUCUCCAUCAGCCAAAACUUCACCCACCUCUCACCAACCACCACCAAUUCGCAAUCUUCACCAGUCCAACUUCAGCCUAUCAGGAUCGCAGAUUGAUGACAACAUCCCCCGUCGGUCUGGUCACCGUAUUGUAGCACCCCCCGGUGGUCGCUCCAACAUCACCAGCCUUGGUUGAACAUUUGACUGUGCACAAAGUGUGGCUGUUGUGGUGUUUCACCUCCCGAGUGUGUGUGUGUGUGCGUGUGUGUGUAUGACUGUGAGUGUUAGCACACUGGCAUGAAUGAAUACCUUUCUAUUUCGUGGGAAAAACAGUGGCACGCUAUUUUUAGACAAUUAUGAUUUUCAUCCGUUUGCCUUGAUUCUGCGGCCACAGAGAUGAAGCACAUUGAUACUUCCAAUAAAAGAAGAGUGUAAUUUACAAUCAACCAAGUCAUGAUAAAAUAUAUGAAAACACACAGGCUCACGAUAGGAGCACUCACACACACACACACACACACACACGCACACAGAUCCAGUGUCGCACCCACAUGUGAACCCAGUGUUAUGUCAUAUCGUUGCUAUCUCCUUUCCCGAGAGCAUGACUUCCUCCUUAUUCUUCCUCACAUCUCACGUCUUACUGUGUGGGUCUGCUCAGACAUGGUGCUCCUUUCCACCCAUCUGGUGGACAGCUGAAGAAACAACAGAUUUCUCCUGCAACUGUUUCUUAAAAAUCAUGGCAAUAUUUGUUUCAAUGUGGCUCAGUGGAUCAGUUAUACAUAUUGCAUGGACAAGUCUUUAAAUGUUGCACUACUUGUGGUUUAUUGUUACAAUGGAGGAAAUUUUACUCAAGGCACAUUUGUAUUUAGCAGCACAGACAUAUUCUUCUACUGGUAAAUGUAUGCUUUGAACGCAUAAUGACAUUCACUGUUAAAGAGCCAGCUAUUACUCGGUUCAAAACACAUUCAUUAAUUUGAACGUUACUGUGAACUUCUAUAAAAGCAAUGCAACUUCCUCUCCACUAUCUAUAUGCAAAUGUGUCAAUACUCUCCUAUAAAGUGUGAAAGUAGAUGAGCAGCUGAAACAAAUAAAAAAACAUCUGUGCACUGCAAAAUGACUUUCUAGAUGGCUGUACCUGCAUAAUAGAGUUCCACUGUAAAGACUUUAUGAUGUGUGUGAUAGUUUCCUGCCAAUCACUCAUGCCAGAAAUAGAUCUUUGUUGUAAUGACAUGCUCUACUCACUGCUGUAAAAGGGCUUCAGCUCCCACCCCUCGCUCUUUGAAACUUUGCUGAGAAUCUUUUUAAGCUGUUUAUAAUUUUACUUGAUUAAUUCUGGAUGUUU